UCCCGCGCACUGCUUGCGCAACGCGCGCCAUCAACGGCCCAUUGAACUCAAACCACAGCUCGAAAGGCUUAGCACCAGCAGUAUGGCGCCGCCGACCAGCAGGCUGCCUGCGCCAGGACGACCAGCGCUCGAGCGCGACCGGCCCACGUCCAUGUUCGAGGUGUCCACGGAAAACAUGAGGAGGCUACAGCAGAUCGGAGCGGGCAGACAGAGUCCCGCAGAGGGUGCGCCGUCACAGGGCGAGGACACAACGCAGCCGGCGCCAUCAUCGAAGCAGUCCAAGCGGCGGAGCCUGCUGCCGCAGUCCUUCACGCGCAAGUUCUCCAGCGACGGCAGGGAGGCGGCGGCGACUACGGCGCCCAUCAAGGAGGAUGCGUCUGGGAGCGAUGAGGGACGGCGGUCAGAGGACAGAGCGGCAAUGCCUCCACCGCCCAAGCCGCGGCCGACGUCAAUGAUGCGCCCACCCAACAGCAUACCGCGCAAGGACGUGCCGAGCCAUACGCGAUUGCCCUCGAAGGAUAAGGACGCCUUGAACGCCCCAGCCAGGAACAGCUCCAUCGCCAAACCGGCAUCUUCGUCAGCCAGCACCGCCGUGCAGUCAGGUCUGCGGCGCGGAAACUCCACCAAGCUGCCGCAAUCACCCGUAUCGCGAACGUCGAACCAGCACGCCGCUACGAAUGGACGGAGCGGCAGCGCCGACCUGGGAGUGGUGCAGAAGCGAUCAUCUCCUCCGGCCACUGCAUCGAAGAGGGCGUCGGUAUCACUCUCCAAGCCGCCCUCUCUCAACACGGCCCUCGCCCCCAGCACGCAGACUCAACCUUCACCCACCUCGCCCACUCGAUCAAGCGCUAAGUCGCGCACGCCCGCAACCUCCAAACCCGCCUUCAACACAUAUCAGCAACACUAUAGCCCCGCAAAGUCGACGCUGCCGAAACCAGGCAUCCCAGGUGUCAGGGCUACGCACAAGGCGACCAACAGUACUGAAGAUGUCGAAAGCUUGCCGUUUGAUGUGGCUCUCGAGCAAAUUGAGCUGUUGCAAUUGUCUCUGAUGCACCAAACCUCAUUCACUACCCUUAGAGCUUAUGAAGCGAGUGCCAAGCAGAAGUUGGGCAAAAUGCACGCAAAGCUGCAGAAGGAAUAUCAGUCCAUUCAAAAACAAGAGCAACAAAAUCGACGAGCAACCAAUCUUGAUGCCUUGGAAACGUGGUGUCCUGAUCCGGCGCUCCUCGCCGAACAUCUCCAGACAGUAAGCCGCGCUGUCUCGGACCUCCGAGCCCACACGGAGAGCGGGAGCAGAUAUUCGGAGCUUGUGCGUAUCUUUGAGGAAUGGGUCAUACAAGCUGAAACUGUUCUCAUGGGUACCACGAACCUGGCGGCUUUCAUUGAAGCUCUCCCCGAAUCUUGGCGAUCUCAGCACACUUCGCUCGCGCUGAAUCUGAGGUCGAUACAGCGAGACCUCAGCACAUUACCUCCGUUGCCACCACCCGCGAGCCCCCCUGCUGAUGCCACGAGCUUGCACGUGUUGAUUGAUAACUGUGCCUCGCUCGCCGACAGCAUGGUUCGAGAGCUCGAAAUGAUGGCAAAGCUACAGAAAGAACUCCUACAGCAAGGCAAAUCUCGCAUCGAUUCUCAUAUCGGUACACUCGUCUCUGGUACAAAUUCUGGCUCGGGGAAAGAGAAUUGGAAACCUGUGUGGCAGAGCGUGGGCUCCUAGAAGCCGAUUUGCAAGUAUUGGCACUUUGUGGCCAGCAUCUACGAUUAUGUACAGCCAUUCGCGGAGCUACUGUUUCGCUCCCACGUGCGGCGUGUCGUCACGGCGUUUCAUCAGCGUUGAGAUCCCAGAGAUCCAUCAAACUUUGAACUCGAUACUCGGCCGCCCAGCCCAUAUCGUGCUCUAUACCUCUCAAUAGGCCGACGACAGUGCUUCUCCAGGCCUUGCAAUGACCACUGAUUGGUCCAGAAUCCUCAUUUCGACCGAGUACAAGUCCCGCAGUCCACAAUGGCUGCACACUGUGUAUGCGAGUUC